AUGAGGGAGGUCGGUGCUGGGCGGACAGAAGUCAGGGCCUCUAAAGAGGGAAUAGGCGGGGCAGCCGGAGCCUCGGGCAUGUCCGCAGGCGGAGCAGCCGGAGCCUCGGGCGUGGCCGCAGGAUCAACUGGAGAAUGUUUGCGAAAAGAGAUCCGUCACACAGUUACCAAAGACACCAUCCUACCAGUAUUAGUGCCCAGGACCAGAGCAGAAUUCUUACAAUAUUCCUGUCAGCUCACUCUGGACCCCAACACAAUAAACAAUAACCUCCAUCUGUCUGAGGGGAACAGAGUGGUGACAUGGAAGAGAGAGACAGAGUCAUAUCCUGAUCACCGGGAGAGGUUUGACUCCCCCAAUGUGCUGUGUAGAGAGAGUCUGACUGGGUGCUGCUACUGGGAGGUUGACUGGAGCGGGACUAUGGUCGGUAUCGCGGUCGCAUACAAAGGAAUCAGCAGGAAAGGAUGGGAUGAUGACAGCUGGCUUGGACGCAAUGACAAGUCCUGGCGUUUGUGCUGCUCAACCUCCAGUCACUCAUUCUGGCACAAUAAUGUGAAAACUGCAGUAUCUGCCCCCCCCAGUAUAGGAGUGUACCUGGAUCACAGGGCAGGAACUCUGUCCUUCUACAGCGUUUCUGAUACAGUGACCCUCCUGCACAUGGUCCAGACCACAUUCACUGAGCCCCUCUAUCCUGGGUUUGUUCUUUGGAGCAGUACAGCUAAACUGUGCUGACUAUGUUAACAGGUUGUUAAAAGUAUCCCAAAAAAAUAAAGUAAUUAAUACUAGAUAACAUGACAACUGGCAGUGAAAUGUUUGUGGCCAGCUCUGUGAAAUAUAGAAUGGGCCUUCAUUUUAAUCCAGUGAAGCAUCAACAGGCCUGAGGAGAGGGGACUGCAGCCGGUACAUCGCUCUGGGGCCAAUGAAGCUCAAGGGGGCCCAUGAACCCGAACGCGUCCCAUAAUUUUUAUUAUACAGUGAUGCCCAGCUAUACUGCAGUUCAGCUAUUGCGCCCCCACUGUAUCAUACGUACAUAUGUAAUUUUCUAUCGCGGAAAUCUGCGGUUUUAUAGUGAUCGUUUAUUUAUGGGUCUUUGACAACUUAAAAUAAGCAUUUUCUAUGCUAAACUAUUGAUAACAACAAUGUAUUACUGUAAUAAUACCUGUACUGUAUAUAAAUAAAAAUGGAGUAAAAAUUCAAUAAGUACAUCCUACCUGUAGUGAAUUUUGCAACUUAAUCAUAACAAAGCAUAAGGUUUUUAGCAGAUAAUACUUGUGAUACACAAAAACUUUAGAACAAUAUUAUUAUUUAUAAUAACUAGCAUAUACGUAACAUUUAAGCAAAACACUAGUAAAUCAUAAA